AUGGAAGAUGAUAACUGGGAGAACUUCAGCUUCAAAGAUUUCUUCGAUGGAGAUUUUAGUAAUUAUCCUUAUAGCACUGACUUGGCCAGUAUUCCUCCAGAUUACACCCCAUGCAAGCUACAAUCCCUGGAAAUCAACAAGAAUGCCGUGGUCAUCAUCUAUGCCCUGGUGUUCCUGCUAUGCCUGCUGGGAAACUCCCUGGUGAUGCUGGUCAUCUUGUACGGCCGCGUCAGCCGCUCCGUCACUGACGUCUAUCUGCUGAACCUGGCCAUGGCCGACCUGCUCUUCUCCCUGACCUUGCCCAUCUGGGCCACCUCCAGGGUGAAUGGCUGGAUUUUUGGCACAUCCCUGUGCAAGCUGGUGUCGCUCCUGAAGGAAGUCAACUUCUACAGUGGCAUUCUCCUGCUGUCCUGCAUCAGUGUGGACCGCUACAUGGCCAUUGUCCAUGCCACACGUGCUCUCACCCAGAAGCGCCACCUGGUAAAGGUUGUAUGUCUAGGCAUCGGGGGACUGUCUCUGAUUCUGUCCCCGCCCUUGUGCCUUUUCCAUCAGUCCUAUAAGCCAAACAAUUCCAGCCCAGUCUACUAUGAGGACACAGCCACAUGGCCUGUGGUGCUGCGAAUCCUGCCCCACAUCUUCGGAUUUGGCCUGCCGCUGAAGGUCAUGCUGCUCUCUUAUGGAUUCACCCUGCACACACCAAUUAAAGCCCACCUGGGGCAGAGGCAGUGGGACAUGGGGGUGGUUUUUGUUGUCAUCCUCAUCUUCCUGCUCUGCUGGCUGCCCUACCACCUGGUCCUGCUCACAGACACCCUCAGGAAGACACACGUGAUCUCGGACACCUGUGAGCGCCGAAAUGCCACUGACCAGGCCCCGGAAGCCACCAGGAUCCUGAGCUUCCUCCACAGCUGCCUCAACCCUGUCGUCUACGCCUUCAUUGGCCAAAAGUUUCGCCAUGGACUCCUCAAGAUCCUGGACACCCGUGGCCUGGUCAGCAAGGAGCUCUUGCCCAAGGACAGCAGGCCUUCCUUUGCUGGCUCUUCUUCAGGGAACACGUCCACUACCCUCUGACACUCCUGCCUCAAUGCAACC